AUGGCUGAGAUCCGCCGAAAGCUCGUCAUUGUCGGCGAUGGUGCUUGUGGUAAAACCUGUUUGUUGAUUGUUUUCUCCAAGGGCACUUUCCCCGAGGUCUACGUUCCCACCGUCUUCGAGAACUAUGUCGCCGAUGUCGAGGUUGAUGGCAAGCACGUCGAGCUCGCCCUAUGGGAUACUGCUGGUCAGGAAGAUUACGACCGUCUCCGACCUCUUUCUUACCCCGACUCCCACGUUAUCCUGAUCUGCUUCGCUGUUGACUCUCCCGACUCCCUCGACAACGUCCAGGAGAAGGUUGCCUUGCUGACACGUGCUCUCUUACAGUGGAUCUCUGAGGUUCUGCACUUCUGCCAGGGUCUUCCUAUCAUCCUUGUCGGCUGCAAGAAGGAUUUGCGAUACGACCAGAAGAUCAUCGAGGAACUCCGAAAGACCAGCCAGAAGCCCGUCUCACCUGAGGAGGGUGAGGAGAUCCGCAAGAAGAUCUCUGCUUACAAGUACCUUGAGUGCUCAGCCAAGACCAACGAGGGUGUCCGCGAAGUGUUCGAGCACGCUACUCGCGCUGCUCUGCUGUCGCGCAGCACCCGAAGCAAGUCUCACAAGAAGUGUCUUGUCCUGUAA